GUUUCCCUCGAUCACGGCCUGCGAUCGACCUCGACCCACGGCCGACAUCCUGCUCCCUUGCGGCUCUGCUUUGAUCACCGCUCUCUGCCUCGCCUCGCAUCGCACCGUCCCAGCACCUGUCGUUCUUCGUCCCCAUUACCUGCCAUCCCAGUAACGCCACCGCCCCCCACCAGCACCAUGAGCCAGCCCGAUCUACAGUCCCGUGUCGACGAGCUGGAGCAAGAGCUGUACUCGGUCAUGUCUCGUCUGAAAGAGUCCGAUGACAGCAACCAGCAGAUGCUCGUGGACGUCCGAACCUGGAAAAAUAAAGCGUUUUUGUAUCAGCAAGAGCUGAAGGUCUCGAAUCAGACCCUCGCUCAGGCCGAGCUCCAGCUCGACAACAACAGCGCCGAAAUCUCGAGCCUUCGCAAGUCCUACCGCCUGGCUGUCAAGGAAAAGAAGGAUAUGGAAGAGCGCCUCCGUACCGAGAUGGCGGCGCUUGAGACGACCAAGGCCGAGUUCACCGAGCAGCAAAACAACUUGCUCGCACAAUUCAUGUCCGAAAAGAAGAAGGCCAAAGACCUUGCCAUUCAAAACAACCAGGUCGAGGAGCAGCUCAAGUCGGCCGUCGAAGAACACAGCGAAAACAACGUUCCGGAGCUCCAGAAGAACCUUCAGCUGUACAAGCAGCAGCUGGAGGCCCUGGCCGUCCAUUUGCAGAACAUCGAGUCGUCGCGAGACCAGCUUAUCUCCAAAGUUCAGGAUCAGGACCGUCGCCUGUACUCGUAUCGCUGCGAGGUCGACCAGCUUAACGAGGUCAAUCGCGGCUUGAUGGAGGAUGCCGAGUCCUACCAGAUUCUGCUGCAAGAAAAGACUCUCAGCGGAGAGUUUGCCAACCUGGAGAUCAUGAAUCGCCGCGAAGAAGGCGCUCUUGGGGCCACCAUGUCGGCCGAGAUUGCCCAGGCCCGCGAGAACCACCCCGAGCUGGUGGCCAAGUACGAGGAAAAGAUCUCCAAGCUGGAGGACGAAGUCAAGGCCCUUACUCUCUAUAUCCAAAAGAUCCUUGGCUCGAUUAUGCAGGACGAGCGUCUGGCUUCGGCGCUCACCUCGCAGCUGGAGCGCGAGCGUGGCCGUGUCAGCGUCGACGCUCACUUGGACGAAGACGAAGAGGGCUACGAAGAGCCAGCUUACAUGAAGCACCGCCGCCAAAAGUCCUCGACCUCUGCGUCUCCUGCCCGCCUGCUUGUGCCCAAGUCCGACGGGUCCCGACGCUCGUCCUUCCCGUCCAUCUCUCGAUGGAUGUCCAGCUCGCGAUCAGGCUCGCAAUUGGCCCAGUCCCACACCAACCCCGAGGGCGAUACCGACGAACCCACCACCGAGAAGGUCCCUCAAAAAACAGAUGAGCCCCCGACGCCGUCAACCCCGACACUCAGCACUGGCCAGUGGCUCCGUCGACUCAGCUUCUUCCCUGCUCCGUCUCCGCCCGCGCCCACAGCGACGACCAAUGAAGCGGCAUAAGACUACUUCCCGUUCCCGUUCCCGUUCCCUUCGACCGCAGAUGCUGUCCUCAUAAUCUUUGGAUCUCUCUCGUGCGUCCUGUGGGGCUCUCGACCAGGAUUGGAUCUCCCUGAAGCUCCCAGGCAACCCAGCGCCUCUCCCUGCCGUCAACUCUGGUUGGGUCCUUGGCAAUCUGAUUUUCCAGCCUCAACGCUACUUUCCUUUCUUCUGUCUUUGCUCGGUCCGUCAAGCAACAGCUCUAAUCCAAAUCCUUGAUGGGGUGUCUGGAUUCUGUCUGGCCUUUGUUGAAUUUGAGACGUUGGCGCAGUGCAUGUCUGGUGCGGUGGAUCCGAUUGGGGCCUCCAGAGCUUUUGUUCUGCUCUGUUUUGUUCUGCUCGCGCUGCUGGGGAAUCAGUCUCGUCGUCUACCAGUGUAUCAAAACUAUAUAAACCUUGCACCUCUUUGCGUUCUAA